AUGACAGCCCUUGCUAGUGCAGCACUCGUCUCACGGUCACCUCUCCAGGAGGUCUGUGGGGCCCUCAAUGUCACCGUGUCGCCGGGGCCCGUGGUUGACUACCUGGAGGGGGAAAAUGCUACUCUUCUCUGCCACGUCUCCCAGAAGAGGCGGAAGGACAGCUUGCUGGCCGUGCGCUGGUUCUUUGCGCGCCCGGACUCCCAGGAGGCCCUGAUGGUUAAGAUGACCAAGCUCCGGGUGGUGCAGUACUAUGGGAAUUUCAGCCGCAGCGCCUACCGUCAGAGGCUGCGCCUCCUUGAGGAGCGGCGCGGGGUGCUCUACACCCUCUCCGUCUUGACCCUCCGGCCAGCCGAUCAAGGGCAUUACGUCUGCAAAGUCCAGGAAAUCAGCAAGCACAGGAAUAAGUGGACAGCUUGGUCCAACGGCUCCUCGGCGACAGAAAUGAGAGUGAUUUCCCUCAAAGCGUCUGAAGAUUCAUCGUUUGAGAAAAAGAAGGAGACCUGGGCAUUUUUUGAAGACCUCUACGUGUAUGCUGUGCUCGUGUGCUGUGUGGGGAUUCUCAGCGUUCUGCUCUUCACUCUGACCAUCAUCUGGCAGUCUGUGUUUAGCAAGAGGAAAUCCAGAGUGAGACACUAUUUGGUGAAAUGCCCUCAGAACAGCUCAGGGGAGACUGUCACCAGCGUGACCAGCUUGGUCCCACUGCAGCCCAAGAAGGGCAAGAGGCGGAAGGAAAAAGCUGACGUUCCUCCUGCAGUCCCUGCCAAAGCUCCCAUCGCUGCCCCAUUCCAUAAACCGAAGCUGCUGAAGCCGCAAAGGAAAGUCGCCCUGCCAAAGAUUGCCGAAGAGAACUUGACCUACGCUGAGCUGGAGCUGAUCAAGCCCCACCAGGCUGCCAAAGGCAUUCCCACCAGCACCGUCUAUGCCCAGAUCCUCUUUGAGGAGAACAAACUGUAA